UGUGUGGAUAACACAGGCCGAACACGAAGCCCUCCCCCUUCGUUCUUCCACCUCUCGCCAAUGGCUUCCGCUCCCCCCGCUGUCCAUACCAGCUCACUUUCUAGGGAUUCCAACGUCCCCACGGCUCCCUCCUUCCCUCCGAGCCGUCUCUCUCCAAUUCUCCUCAGAAAAUUCUCUCUCUCCUUCUCACCCUUCGCCUCCUCUUCCCCCAAUUCGAGCUCUAAUCACCCGAAGAUCCUCCUUCGAUGCUCCCACCAGCAGUUCGAUCUUGCAUCCCUGAGGCAGAACGAGGAAGAAUUGGACGAGGAGGAAGGAGAAGAGGACAGACGAGGUGAUGGUGACGAUUUCUCUUCAUUCGACCUAGAAUCGAUGGAGGAAGAGGCAAGGGAUGUCGUCAGAGAGUACUCCGCUUCUUUAUCUCGCGAGUUGGAUAUUGAGGAGGAGAUUGAUGAGAAAAAGAAAUUUAGUGGGAAGAAGAAGUCACAGAGAAGUUCCAGCAAACAUUUCCAGAUCCCUGACCAUCUUCUUCCAAGAAUAGCAAUCGUUGGAAGGCCGAAUGUUGGUAAAUCAGCAUUAUUCAACCGUCUUGUUGGGGGAAGCAGGGCAAUUGUUGUUGAUGAACCUGGUGUUACUAGAGAUCGCUUGUACGGUAGAUCUUUUUGGGGAGACCAUGAAUUUAUGGUAGUAGAUACUGGAGGUGUUAUGAAUUUUUCAAAAUCACAGGCUGAUGUUAUGGAAGAACUUGCAAUUACAACGUCGGUUGGUAUGGAUGGGAUUUCUCUUGCUUCUAGGGAAGCAGCUGUUGCUAGGAUGCCCUCAAUGAUAGAGAGACAGGCUGUUGCUGCUGUGGAAGAAGCAGCUGUUAUUAUAUUCCUUGUAGAUGGCCAGGCUGGUCUGAUGGCAGCUGAUGUCGAAAUCACGGACUGGCUACGCAAGAAGUACUCAAAUAAAUGUAUUAUACUUGCUGUAAACAAAUGCGAGUCUCCACGCAAGGGGCUGAUGCAAGCUUCAGAAUUUUGGUCCUUGGGGUUUUCUCCCAUGCCAAUAUCUGCUCUUUCGGGCACUGGAACUGGAGAGCUUCUUGAUCUUGUCUGUUCAGAACUGAAAAAUAUUGAGGCCUUGGACAGCAGUGAGGUAGAAGAAAAUUAUGUUCCUUCUAUUGCUAUAGUAGGGAGACCAAAUGUGGGGAAAAGUAGCAUUUUGAAUGCCUUGGUUGGAGAAGACAGAACCAUUGUCAGCCCAAUCAGUGGGACAACUCGUGAUGCUAUUGAUACUGAAUUUACUGGACCUGAUGGGCAGAAGUACAUGCUUAUUGACACUGCUGGCAUUCGACGAAGGGCAGCUGUAGCUUCUUCUGGUAGCACAACUGAGGCCUUAUCAGUGAAUCGAGCAUUCCGAGCCAUUCGUCGUUCAGAUGUCGUGGCUCUCGUUAUUGAAGCCAUGGCUUGCAUUACAGAACAGGAUUGUAGGAUUGCUGAACGAAUUGAGAGGGAAGGAAAAGGUUGCAUUAUUGUUGUAAACAAAUGGGACACAAUACCGAACAAGAACCAGCAGACGACAACUUAUUAUGAGCAAGAUGUCAGGGAGAAGCUUCGUGUACUAGAUUGGGCUCCAAUUGUUUACUCAACUACAACAAAUGGCCACAGUGUUGAAAGGAUUAUCACUGCUGCUAGUAUGGUUGAGAAGGAGAGGUCCAGAAGGCUGGGUACAUCAAUACUGAAUCAGGUGGUACAAGAAGCACUAGCCUUUAAACCACCACCAAGAACAAGGGGUGGCAAGAGGGGCCGUGUUUAUUACAGCACGCAGGCUGCUAUUCGUCCACCCACUUUUGUUUUCUUUGUCAAUGACGCAAAGCUUUUCCCUGAGACGUAUCGACGCUACAUGGAAAAACAGCUACGGUCCAAUGCAGGUUUUCCAGGUACACCUAUUCGUCUUCUAUGGCGUAGCAGAAGAAGAGCAGAUAAUGAAGGUAAGAGUGCACGCAUCAAUGUGCAAGCUCCUGGAAGCAGUGGUAAAUUGACUUCGGCCACUUGAUUUGACAGUUCGUCUCCCAGUGUUAAUUCCUGUUGGAGUGCUGUUGCCAGAGCUUCGAAACAAUAUUAGUUUGCCCUAUUAACUUUGUGUAAUUGCAGAGAAUUUUGUAUACGACAAUAAUUCCUGUAACUGAAGCAAACACUUCCAAUAAAA